AUGCAGGUAAGGAGUAUUAGAAGGAAGCUCGAUGCUCAGAUAGAUGCGGCUGAAGGGGAAGUUGCAGUGAAGGCAUUACACUAUAGCAACAGUGUUGUUUUACAAAUUCGAUAUAACGGUGAGUUUGAUUCUACAUAUGAAGUCAAUUCCGUUGGUCUAAGGCCUGGAUCCAUGACUAAUGGUAGACCAUUGGCGUUGAAUACUUAUGCUAGUGAAGAUAAUAGCCAAAACGGCGGCUCCGGUGAGAUAGAUGAAGAAACGGAAGAGCCUACUGACUACUUGGCAGACUAUAAAGUAGUAGUACGAUUGGGGAAUGGUGACGAUCCUAAGAUGAAUAUUGUCUGUUCACAAAUUGCGGAGCUUUAUAAUCAAAUGCAAGGUGGAGAUGAACUUAGAGGUGUGAAUCUUGUCAUUAGUCUAAGUAGAAAGCUUUGGAAAGGUGAGGACUCACACUCGAGGGAUUUUGCUGUAUUAGUUUUCCUGCUGCAAUGUAUAAAGGAUAUGUAUGUAUGA